AUCGCAAGAACGUUGCCUUUGGUGCCUUACUGUGUAAAAUUUGCAAAAUUUGUUUCGGAAUCUAAAUAUUUUAGAAAGCAUAAAAAGCACAGCCAGAACUGAACAGGAGACAAUGAAUAAAAGUUUCAAUUAAAACUAUUAAAAAUCCUAUUAAAUAUGUGUUUAUGAUGUAUAAAUAAGUGACAAUUCGUAAUCUCAAAUAGACUAUGUAUAAAUAAGUGACAAUUCGUAAGCUCAAAUAUACGAUUAAAUUAUCAAUAAUAAAAUUCGUGACCUGAACAGCGAGCGAGUAAAAUAAUGUGGAAACAGUUCGAUUGUCACAACGUAAUUCGAUUCCGAACCAAAUAGGCCAAUACUUGAAAAAUUUUCAAAUUGAAGCCAUACGUUUUAUGCACGCACUUCUUGUAAAACAAGAAUUUUGUAUCUACAAUGAUGAAAGCGGUCUGGGUAAGCAAGCCGCUACAGCAGUGCUUCUAAGUGUUAUUGCAAGUAAUAGAAAAACAUUGAUUGUAAUACAAAAUGAUGAAAUUCACCUUACGGGAUGGGCGUUUCAUUUAAAUGUUUUAAGCACUUUGCAUGUCAAGUUUAUAAAGGAUGAACAAGAUUUCACACAUAGCCCGCACAAUGUUUAUAUAAUUACCUGGGGGAUUUUGAGAACAAUCGAUGACGUGAACAAUCACAAGUUUGAUUAUAUAGUCCUUGAUAAUCGCGGUGAAAUGCUGAAUAACAAUUUUUGUACGUCAGUGCUAUUAAAACACUUCAAAGGUAGAACUAAUUUGGUUAUCUCCAGUGUAGAUGUAACGGGCAAUUUAAAAUUACUCCAUAAUAUUUUGCUUCUGGGAGGGUGUUUAGAACCUCAACAUCUAGCCUAUAAGCAUUUUGAGGCAAAAUUUAAACUGCCGCAAUCGAUGCACGCAUCUUGCAAAAGCGUCGAUUUAGACAAAUAUUUUCGCGAAAGACAACGAUUAUCCGAUUAUUGCAAAAAUUUUCGUUUAAGGCGCUAUUGCCAUCAGUUCGAGGAAGAGUUGCCUUUGGUAUUGCAAGAUCACUAUAAAAUCAAUUUAAAGUUAUGGCGAGACCGGCAAAGAGCUAGCAAUCCGGAUGAUGAUAAUGCCAUGUCUCAAAAUAGAAUGCAGAAUGCAAUCACUACACAAGAAUUAUUUGAAGAUUUUUGCAGACAAAGACAGAAUCAGAACAAAAAACAGGGAAUAAACUUGACCGAAGAACAAGUGAUUUGUAUAGAAAAUGAUGCGCAAAUAAUAACUGACAGUUCUUCCGAAGAUUUGGUAAAUAUGUCGCCGUUGCUAAUUGAGUCCGAUUCAGAUAACGAUGUUGUAACUGAAAUUCCUAAUACUGCCGAUAUUGGACAAGAAGAAAUUGUUGAUAUAACAAAUGACGAUCAAGAUGAUAACAAUGCAAAUAAUGAGACAAUUAAUUAUUGCGUGAAAAAGAAAAAACGGAAUGAAUUACAAGGACUGAUAGAAAAUAUAACGGAAAAAUAUAAAGUAUCUCUCGAUUUUACUGACAACGAUGUAAACCGAAUUUGUAGGCGUAACACCCGGCGAACGACAAAUAAUCGGCAAGUUUGCAGCAAAAGUUCCCGCGAAACCAGAAGAUCUGUAGGAAACACAGGAAACAACUGUAAUUGUGACCCAAACCAAGAAAGAAGUAAUCUGCAAGAAAAUGUAGUACGAUCUUCAAACUCCACGGAUCUCAAAAACAGCGUUCCAAAAAUUAAAAAGAAUGACGUUUUACAGAAAAAAACAUCGUUAACAGCUAAAACAAAAGAAAAGAAGUCGCAAAACUUAGUAGGUGCAGAUCGGCGGGAAACACGGGCGUUUGGAAAACGUUUGACGCGUUCAGCAAGCACUGCAUUAUCUAUGAACCAUGUGUCUCUGGAAAGCGAUCGCAGCUCUAAACACAAAAAGAAAAUCGGCGUCAAAAAUUCAUCACGGAAAAAACCAAAAAUAAACGAUGCAAUUGAAAAAAGCGAAAAAGAUACACAAACCACACUUUUUAUAAACAAUUCGGACUCCAACGACUGCGGGAAUAUGCAGUGUGCACAAAAGCUUAGUGAUUCGAGUAUAUUCGACAAUUUUAUAAACUGUUCAGAAAAAAAGGAAGAGAGUCUACUUGGGCGAUCAACUGAGAUCAUAAAUACGCCCAUAUUGAGCACCGAUGCAUUGAGUGGUUCCGAAGUCAUUUUUGUGCCCAGCGAAAAAACGAACGCUUCCGAAACGAAUAAAAACCUUGAGCAAGGUAACACGCUUGGUAGCUCUUGCGAUGGUUUCUCACUAUCGUCUUCUUCGUGUUGCAAGGAUGCAAUAAGUCGUCGUACAAAAGCCUUGAAGCCAAAAAGAAUGCAUAAUCAUGCGUUAACCUCAACAAAUAGAGUACAAACUUGUAGUGAGCUUAAAACGAAAGGAGUUCAUUGUAAAGAUAAUAAAUGUGCAGAUCUCUUUGAUAUAAACCGUGAUACCGCAAAUAUACGAUACAAGAAAACACAUUUUAACACACAUCGCCAAGUGCAAGAACAAUCAGAGCAAACACAAGCCGGCAUUACAACUAAAAAAAUGAUGCAGUCACGACAGCCAGUAAAAGAACGAAGCUGUUUAGUCAUUUUAGAGAAAAUGUUCAACAUAAAUAAAACGCCAAGAAGUGCUAUAUUAGAUGAUAUUAUCACAGAACCUUUAGACAAGGUUAAUGAAAUUGAUAGUUUUGAUAUGUUGCCACCAGAGGACGUAUUCGAAAUUUCUGAUAGUGAUACAUUUGGAAGUUUUAUUCGUGUACACUUGAAUGGUGAUAUAUCAACGAUGCAGUCCAACAUCCAGCGUAACCAAUCAGCACAACCCAAUAAAAUUACAAAUUAUCUUAUUAACGGAAAUGGAUCUAAAGACAAUACGAAUGAUGGUCCAGAUAAUGUAAAUAGGCAAAACGUUCGCAUUGCUGAGACCAAUUAUUCACCAAGCAAACCGCCGCAGCAGUUGUCAAGUGCUCUUGGUAGUACUUUAAAAAAAUCGCCAAAAGUUAAGGUACAAGCACAAGCCACCAAAUUAACUAAAUGGUUUUUAAAGCAUGCCACUGGCGAGCAGCCACAGCACGUAAACAAUGUACAAUUAGAUCAUUUGACAGUUAAUGAUAAUGAUAUCAUAAAAACGCCAUCGGCUAAAAAGCAAAUCAAACGUAGACGUUUGGAUUUAAAUUUUAAAAAUUGAAAGCAUGCCGGGAUUUGGGACUAGUAAUUACAAACUUGUACAUAUAUAAACUUUUUUCUCUCAAAACUAACCAAAAAGUUAGUGUGAAAAAAAAUUUCGAUCGGCCAACGUAAUAUGUCCAGAAUCAACAAAACACAUAACUUUUCCAUUUAUUUGCAUUUUAAAAUAUUGGUUUGAGAAAGAGAUGACAGUUGGAAAAGGCUCGCCUCUCUUACUGUGCUAGUUAAUGCAAAAAGUCAACAUGUUUUCGACUGCCUUAAAAUUUUAGUUAUAUUUUGCGAGGAUUUUGCUGCAUAUGUUCAAAUCAAUUAUUUACCUCAAUCAAUUGUAAAGCACUUGUUAAAAAUGAUUUCGAAUAAAUAUUUCGAAAAAGCUCCUAUAUACUGUCAAUUAUAUCGCAGUUACAAAAAUUGCAUAACUAUUUUAAUCCCACUUCGUGCUCUUAAUUAUAAGUAUAAUUAAUAUAUACGUUAUCGCGUAAAA